AUGAGGACAAACCUUCUUCUAGUUCCUACCAAAAAAACGGACGAUGUCAACUGGGUCAAACCCAUCAACAACUAUCUCCUAUCGAUUUAUGGCAACACAUCGGAGUUUCAGCAAGAUCUAACUAAUUUCAACAAGCUCAGGCAAGAUAUCAGAGGUGUCAAUGCUGAUACCACAGGAAUCAGAUUGUACUUCAAGUAUUUCAGUCAAUUGGAACUUUUGGACUUGAGAAUCCCUGUUGCAACGGUGAACAAGCACAAGAAGAUCACAUUCACCUGGUACGAUGCUUUCCUGCCCUCGGCUCAACACAAGCAGUACGCCUUGCCUUUCGAGAAAGCAGGUGUUCUCUUUAACUUGGCAUCUUUGAUGCUGAAAGCUGCCAAUAUCAAAUACAACGAGUCACAGGGACUGUCUGCCACAGAUGACAGCGCUUUUAAGGAAGCAGUUCAAUACCUCCAGCAAGCUGCCGGUAUCUUUGACUUUGUCGGUGAGAGCUUUUUGCACGCCCCCUCCAAUGAUCUCAAUCCAGCCACCGUCAAGUUUUUGAAGGAUCUUUGUUUGGCCCAGAGCCAAGAGAUCUUCAACCUCAAAGUGAUCGAUGGCGAUCUAGAGCAGAAGAAGAACUCGCUUAUUUCCAAACUUUGCAAAAGCACUGCUGUGCAUUACGAAAAUUGUUUCAAUAACUGCAGCCAUCUUUUGAAUUCUGAUCCCUCAUCGCCCGAGGAUCAAUCCACCUUCGCAAUAGUUGAGGCUGGCUUGGAUGACGACGAUCUCGAGGAUAUUGAAGACCCGUUGGAUGAAUACAACCCAGCAAAGCAGGGGAUCCCAGAGUCGAGGGUGACAGCUCGUCUUGACCCCUUCUGGGUUGCUGUCUUGCAAGUCAAGUCACUCUACUACAAAUCUUUAUCAUACUACUUCCAGGGACUUCAAUUGGAAGCCACCCACAAGUAUGGAGAGGCUAUCGCGUACCUCUCAAAAUCUUUGGAGUCAAUCAAUGAGGUACCCCAGGCCAGUUUGAAAAGAAUUUCCAAGGCUGGCAACGACACUGCCUACGAUGUUUUGGAUAACCUCAAGUAUCAUAAGGAUGCUUUAGAAAUCAAGAUUCGAGAGCUCAACAAAGACAACGAUCUUGUUUACCACGAAAUUGUGCCAUCAUUGGUCACUUUGGCGGAACCAAAGCCCAUGGAUAGCUCAAAAUUGAUUCCAAUGAAUAAAAUCGAGCUUUUUGCCAAGGUGAACGAGCAGAGUUAUGAGAAUUUCCUCAAGAAUGUCGUGCCUAUGAACAUUCACGAGCUUUUGAGCUACUACUCUGAAGAGAAGUCGCAAUUUUUGAGGAAUGAAUUGGACGAAGUCGACGUUUCGAAUGAGGAGCUCUCAUCAGUCUUAGAGUAUUUGAAGUUGCCAAAAGCUCUCACACAUAUUAAAGAGAUUCUUCGGACCGACGAAACCCUCAAGUCGAGCUCUUCGGACCAAUCACUAGAUCCAGUAUUGGCUCAAAAGGUGGACGACAUUGCAUCGAAAUACUCUCAAGACACGACCAACCGCACAACCAUCUCUGAGCUCAGGUCCAAGAUUCUCGCCGCAGUUGGUGAAAGUGAGGCUAUUUUGAAAGAGCUGUUUUCCGAGAAUUCCAGUCGCUUUCGUGAUGAUUUGAUCAAAUUGAAGAAAGCACUUUACGACGCUGCAAACUCUGAUUCCAAAUUGUUUGCUCUCGUCGAUGCCGAGAAAAGCCUGCUUCAUGCUCUCUUGAGUAAGGGUAGCAAGUCUCGAGAGUUCAAGUCCCUAUUUGAUGUACCGAAGAAUGGCUCUCAAGCACAGCCCUCCGAAGAAAUCAGUUUACUAGACAUGGAUGAAUCGCAGAUCUCAGAUGCCAGCCACAAUGGUCAAAUUUCUGCUCUAGAGGAUAUUUUGCACAACCUCAACAUCCUCAAGACAAACAAAAACAAACUUGUGGAUAGAUUGAAGGAAGAGAUUCAUAGCGAUGACAUCUCCGAGAUUUUGAUGCUCAACAGCAAGGUGAAGCUGACCAACGAAAUCAAGUCCAUCAUCUUUCCAGAGGAGUUGAAGAAAUUUGAAGUUUUCUCGCAGCAAUUAGAUGACUUGAUAAAAAAGCAGUCGUCCUUGAUUAAUGAACUUAAGGAGAAGUGGACCAAGCUUAGUUCCAAUCCAAAAAUCAAGGAAGUCCAAAGCUCCAAAACCUUCCAAGAUGAAGUAUUCAAACAGCAGACUCACCGUAUCAACGACUUUUAUGACAACCACUGGAAGCGAUACUCGUUGGGCUUAGGAAAAGGGGUGGAGUACUACAUGCAAUUACUUCGAAUGGCCGAGAAUCUCAAACGUGCAAUUGAGUCUGAUAAAUCCAACUCCUUAAAUGAAUCCAUGAGCAGAAUGAGCCUUGGCGCAAGCUCAACAGGUGGAUCAAACUCGUCGCAUCAAUUCUUCUCAUCAUACCGUGGAGAGAACCAGCCAAAUCCUGCUCAGUCGUUUGCACAAUACAGUCCUUACAAUCAGGGUGUCCCCGGUGGCCAAUCGCUGCACCCCAGCCUCCAACAACCGCCUUUGCAACCGACUGGAGGUGAUGCUCACCAACCGCAGCAGCAAUAUGGAGCCUCCUCCGGCCAUGGCUCUUAUUCUCGGCCGGCACCUGCUCUUCCGCCAAAGAGGCCAAGCUAUUCCGAAAAUAGCCAAUUUGCCGGAAAUUAUGGAAAUCCUACCGCAGCUUCAAGUCAAGCGAAGCCGCAAAAUUCUGGUGGACUCAUCUAUGAUGAACCCUCAACUUACCAGCCGAACAUGUAUGACUUCUUCAAAAAGUGA